CUAACCCUGAUUGGACAGAGCGGGGCCGACGCCUUCUGACGAGCCAAUCAGUCCUCAGCACAGGCCGGUUCACAGGGACACACCGGUGUGUCCCUGUCCUCCUCAAGAUCCAUGUGAUGAUCCAGAGGGACUGUCUCUCUGUCAGUCCUGUUGACCUACCUACGUAACGUCCCCCCUCUCUCUUCAGAGGAGUCUCGGCUGCUGUUCAAGUGAAGCUCUCUCAGCGAGCCUCAGAUCAACAGCUGAUCGAGUUUAACUUCUUUGCUCUGAGAGUUUUAGAACCGUCACUAGAGAACGUGCCGUUACCAGGACGUUGCCAUGGAUCCGCUGGUUGCUGCGAUCGACCAGGGCACGAGCUCCACGAGGUUUCUGGUGUUCAAUGCAAGAACAGCCGAGGUGAUGAGUCACCACCAAGUAGAGAUCAGCCAGAGUUUCCCCAAGGAGGGCUGGGUGGAGGAGGACCCCAAAGAGAUAAUGCAGUCUAUCUAUGAGUGCAUGGAGAGGACUUGUGAGAAACUCCGCCAGCUCAACAUCGACAUCUCCAACAUAAAAGCGGUGGGGGUGACCAAUCAGAGAGAGACGACCGUGGUUUGGGACAAAGAGACUGGAGAGCCGCUCUACAACGCCAUUGUUUGGUUGGACCUGCGCACACAGUCGACUGUGGAGAGUCUCAUCAACAAAGCUCCGGGACAAAACAAGAACCACCUCAAGCACAAGACGGGCCUUCCCAUCAGCACCUACUUCAGUGCAGUGAAGCUACGUUGGCUGCUGGACAACGUGGAUGAGGUGCAACAGGCAGUGCUGAGUGAGCGAGCCAUGUUUGGCACAGUGGACUCCUGGAUCAUCUGGUGCCUGACGGGGGGCAAGAAUGGAGGGGUCCACUGUACAGACGUCUCAAACGCUAGUCGCACCAUGCUCUUCAACAUUCACGACCUGGACUGGGAUCCUGAACUCUGCAGGUACUUUGAUGUCCCGAUGGAAAUCCUUCCCAAAGUCAGGAGCUCCUCUGAAAUAUACGGCUGGAUGAAAUCCAGCUCUCUUGCAGGAGUACCAAUAUCAGGGUGUCUUGGCGACCAGUCGGCUGCUCUGGUUGGUCAGAUGUGCUUCCAGGAAGGCCAGGCCAAAAACACGUACGGGACCGGUUGCUUCCUGCUCAGAAAUACAGGGACCAAGCCUCUGAUGUCAGACCACGGCCUGCUGACCACGGUCGCCUACAAACUGGGAAAAGACGAGCCUGCCUGCUAUGCACUCGAGGGAUCAGUGGCCAUUGCAGGGGCAGUCGUGCGGUGGCUGAAGGACAACAUGGGCAUUGUGAAGUCCUCCUCAGAGAUCGAGAAGCUAGCAGCUGCAGCAGGCACGUCUUACGGCUGUUACUUUGUGCCGGCCUUCUCCGGGCUCUAUGCACCCUACUGGGAGCCCAGUGCAAGAGGCAUCAUCUGUGGCCUCACUCAAUUCACCAACAGGAACCAUUUGGCUUUUGCUGCCCUUGAGGCCGUCUGCUUUCAGACCAGAGAGAUCCUCGAUGCGAUGAACCAGGACAGCGGCGUCCCUCUGACGCAGCUGCAGGUGGAUGGAGGCAUGACUUCCAACAGAUUGCUGAUGCAGCUGCAGGCCGACAUCCUCAGCAUCCCCGUAGUGCUACCCACCAUGUCAGAGACCACAGCUCUGGGUGCCGCCAUGGCAGCAGGAGCAGCAGAGGGGGUGGGCAUGUGGAGCCUGAGCCCCAGUCAUCUCCCACACGUCACAUCAGAGAAAUAUGAGCCUCAGAUCAACUCUGACGAGAGCGAGUUCCGCUUUGCUCGUUGGAAGAAAGCCGUCCAGAGAUCCAUGAACUGGGAGACCACAGAGCCUUGCUGCAAUACCAACGGUGUAGAAAAGAUGAACGGCGCCCCCUGGGGGGGUUCCUCCCACCACUCCCCCCACCGGAGCAGACCCCUAAGAUCCCCAGCGCUAACUCUGGAACAAGACCUUAAUGGGAACAUGGAAACCUAUGGAGCAAGACAGGGAAUAAAGGACUUGACGGCCGCCUGAUGCGAUAUGCGGCCAUUUAGGGUGAUGCAUAGUCUGCUAGUAGUACCCAGUUCAUCAUCAACCUCAAGUGCCAGCUGGACUGAAGAGUGACACAACCUGUGGAGCUUUUCAAGCAACUACAGAACUAUUUUUGAUGACAUUUCUUUCAUCUUCCUUUUCUAAAAAGGAGAACUAUAACUUUACUGUAAAGCAUAGGGACACUCAGGGGUACACAGUUGCACUAUUGUACCUCAUCACUGUAACAAAAGGGGACUCUCUGUAUCGUUCUGUACAUAGUGUUGAUGUAGUCGUACCUCUUUCUUAACUUUGGGACGUACAAGAUUAGUCGGACUAAUUCAGGUGAUGAAAAAGGUUACUGCUCAGCUUCCGUCCUGUUAAAGGGACUGUUUGUAACUUUUUACAUGUAUAAAUCUACCGGGUCGGUGUCCCAUGCGCGCUCGCGUGUGGCUACGCUGUUCAGACCGCUCCGCUGCCUGCUUGUCUUCACUCACACAACG